AUGAAAAUCAACGCUUGGUUUGCAGCCUGGGGUAUUCUAGCCUCGUUGCCGGAAGUUCAAGCUAAAGCUUCACUUGACAAGAGCAUCGCAUCUCUCUGGGAUGAUUUCAAGAAUGCAGUGGAUUGUGGAAGUUGCCAGGCGCUUCUCGGUGGCCUGAAACUCGUCUCGGGUUUUGGGGAGGACUUCAUGAUUGACGCUCUCACUGGAAUUUGUGACAUCAGCAAGGCCGAAGACUCCGAUGUCUGCGAAGGAAUCAUCAAGAAAGAAGGACCUGCACUCCAUGAUGCCUUUCAAGCCUUGCACAUCGGAUCCCAUGCUACCCAGACGAUGUGCGCUAAUUUGAUUGGGCUCUGCCAGUACCCUGAAGUCCGACCACACUCGCUUUCAUUUCCUUCGCCGAAACCAAACAAGGUCAGGCCUCCGCCCAGUGGUAAGCCGCCGAUCAAGGUCGUUCACUUCAGCGACACGCAUGUGGAUCUCUACUACGAGACUGGCUCAAGCUAUGAAUGCUCCAAGCCCAUUUGCUGCAGAGUUUUUGAAGAUAAGGAUGCUCCGGGGAUCACGAAAACUCCGUGUGGACCUUUCGGGAACCCUAAAUGUGACCCACCCCAGGAACUGCAGGAGAGUAUGAAUGCUGCCAUCGCAGAAAUCAACCCCGAGUUCUCCAUUUAUACCGGUGACGUGGUGGCCCACGAUGUCUGGCUUGUCAACCAGCCUGAGGCUCUCGAAAGCUUCAACAACACGUACAGCCAGAUGGAAAAGUCUCUUGGUAUGGUGUACGCUGCCAUCGGAAACCACGAUACCGCACCAUUGAACCUUUUCCCCUCUACUGCUGUUUCUGAUGGCAACAAUCAAUGGGCGUACGACGCUCUGGCUGAAUAUUGGCUAACCUUGACCGGCAUCUCCUCCGUGCAAUCUGCAGACGAGUACGGAUCAUACUCGGCAAUUCACCCCAACAGCAACUUGCGCAUCAUCUCCUACAACAGUAUCUUCUACUACAAGUUCAAUUUCUACAUGUACCAAGAGCCGAUGGAGAAAGAUCCCAAUGGCCAAUUCGAGUGGCUGAUCAAGGAACUUCAAGCUGCCGAAGACGCAGGCCAGCGCGCUUGGCUAAUUUCACACAUCCCAUCUGGAGUGGCGGAUCAUUUCCACGACUACUCGCAUUACUUUGACCAAAUUGUCCAGCGAUACGAAGCUACUAUCGCCGGCUUAUUCUACGGCCACACGCAUAUGGAUGAGUUCCAGAUCGCGUAUUUGGAUUACAAAAACCGGAAUCAUAAAACUGCCACAGCGAUGGGAUAUAUUGCGCCAGCCAUGACACCAACAGAAGGACCUCCCUCGUUUCGCGUUUAUGAAAUCGACCCCGAAACUUUCGGCGUCCUCGACUACACACAGUAUAUCGCCAACAUCAGUGACCCGACUUACCAAGAGAAACCACAAUGGCUCCCGUACUACUCUGCAAAAGCUGAUUAUGGGUCCAAACUGUCUCCCCCCGUCACGGAUCCAAAGACCGAACUCACCCCGGCUUUCUGGCAUAAUGUUACUGUCGCCAUGCAGAAUGAACAGUCAGUUUUUCAUGAAUUCUGGGCUAGACGAGUUCGCGGAUACAAUGUCACCGACUGCGAUGUCGAUUGUAGGACGACCGAGAUUUGCACUCUGCGUGCUGCGGACGCGCAGUACAACUGUGUUAAGCCAAAACCUGGGUUCAACUUCUCCAAGCGCGAUGGCAAAGAUACAUCGAGGCAAGAGUCGAAUCGGAAUCAGAAUCACUGCGAUCAUGCUGGUCUGGCUCCACUGCUGGGCAAGAUUGCCUACCGGGCUAGAGUUGCUCGGGAGAUGGAAGCCUGA